GCAGUACACAUGGAUGGUGACCAGAUUAUUGUGGAAGUACAAGAAACUGUUUUUUUAUCUAAUUCAGAUGGAACUGUGCAAAAUUUUGUUCCUGAGGAUCCAGACUCAGUUAUAAUUCAAGAUGUUAUUGAAAAUGUUCUUAUUGAAGAUGUUGACUGCUCACAUACUUUAGAGGAAACAGAUAUAUCUGACAAUGUCAUUAUUCCUGAGCAAGUGCUCGAUUUAGACACAGCUGAAGAAGUGUCUUUAGCCCAGUUUCCAAUUCCAGACAUUUUAGCUUCCAGUAUCACAUCAACCUCAUUUAUGCCUGAACCUGUCUUGAUGAGUGAAGCUAUACAUGUGUCUGAUGUAGGACAUGUUGAACAAGUGAUUCAUGAUAGCCUAAUAGAAACAGAAGUCAUCACUGAUCCUCUGACAGCUGACAUUUCAGACAUACUGGUAGCAGAUUGUGCUUCUGAAGCUGUCUUAGAUUCCAGUGGGAUGCCUCUGGAGCAGAAAGAUGAUGCCAAAAUCAACGGUGAAGAUUAUCUAAUGAUUUCUUUGGGUGAUGCUGGCAAAACCGACGAAGGUUCCUCUGAAGUUACCAUGAAUGCAAAGUCAGAAACUGAUCCUUGUAAAUUGGAUGGAACAUCUCCUGAAGGUAUCAAGGUAUACAUUUUUAAAGCUGACUCUGAAGAGGACAAUGUAGGAGAAACUAUAGAUGUUGUAGAGAGUGAGAUUGACAAUGGUAAUGAAGCUGAAGUCACUGAUCAGUGCAGCAGUAUUCAUGUUCCCAGAGACAGCACAUGUAUGCCAGCCAGUGAUUCUCAGAAGGAAGAAGAAGAUAUUAAUGUGGCUAAAAUAACAAAUGAGUUUUAUGUAAAAGCAGGAGAUGAAAAUGCUGGUGGCCCACCUGCAGGUACUCCUGAGCAUGAACAACAGAUGGAUGACAGUGAAAUAAAAGCAGCUUUCCUGCCAAUUGCGUGGACAGCAGCUUGUGGUAAAAACAAUGACAGAGACCAAAAUCAUAAUGUUACUGCAAGUGCUGUCUUGCAACAGGAUGAAUCUGGUGGCCUUGACAGAGUACCUAAACAUAAAACAAAAAAGAAAAAAAGACCUAAAUCCAAACAGUACCAAGCAGCAAUAAUUGUUGCUCCUGAUGAACAAACUUUAAUAGUCUAUCCUUGCAUGUUUUGUGGGAAACAAUUUAAAACCAAAAGUUUCUUGAAAAGACACAUAAAAAACCACCCUGAAUACCUUGCUAAGAAAAAAUACCACUGUACUGACUGUGAUUACAGUACCAACAAGAAGAUGAGCUUACAUAAUCACAUGGAGAGCCACAGGCUAACCAUUAAGACAGAAAAGACCGCAGAAUGCAAUGACUGUGGGAAGCAUCUUUCUCAUGCUGGGACUUUGUGUACUCACAAAACAAUGCAUAAAGAAAAAGGAGCCAACAAAACAUAUAAGUGUAAGUUCUGUGACUACGAAACAGCUGAGCAGACACUAUUGAAUCACCACCUUUUGGUGGUCCACAGAAAGAAAUUUCCUCACAUUUGUGUAGAAUGUGGCAAAGGUUUCCGUCACCCAUCAGAACUCAAAAAGCACAUACGAGUUCACACUGGAGAGAAGCCCUAUGAAUGUCAGUAUUGUGAGUACAAGUCUGCUGACUCUUCUAACUUGAAAACACAUAUAAAAACUAAGCAUAAUAGAGAGAUACCUCUGAAGUGUGGCAUCUGUCUCCUGACUUUCUCAGACACCAGAGAGGCUCAGGAACAUGCUGUUACACACCAAAAAAACAGAACACAUCAGUGUUCACAUUGCAGCCAUAAAAGUUCAAACUCAAGUGAUUUAAAGCGACACAUAAUUUCAGUUCAUACAAAGGACUAUCCUCAUAAGUGUGACAUGUGCAGCAAAGGGUUUCAUAGGCCUUCAGAACUCAAGAAGCAUGUGGCUACCCACAAAAGUAAAAAAAUGCACCAAUGUAGACACUGUGAGUUUAAGAGUCCAGAUCCAUUUCUGCUGAGUCACCAUAUUCUCUCAGUUCACACAAAGAAUGUUCCAUUUAAGUGUAAGAGAUGUAAAAAGGGAUUUCAACAACAGUGUGAGCUUCAAAAGCAUAUGAAGACCCACAGUGGCCGGAAGGUGUAUCAGUGUGAGUACUGUGAAUAUAGCACCACAGAUGCCUCAGGCUUUAAGCGGCACGUUAUCUCCAUUCAUACAAAAGACUAUCCUCACCGCUGUGAGUACUGCAAGAAAGGAUUCCGGAGACCUUCAGAAAAGAAUCAACACAUAAUGCGGCAUCAUAAAGAAGUUGGCCUGCCCUAA